AUGCCUGCCAAAAUUGAGGUCAGGGGACUGACCAAGAAAGAAUGGAAGGCGAAAGUCCUCAAAAUCGAAACUUGGAUUGACAAUUAUCAAAGAGUUCACGGUACUGCAGACUAUGAGAACGCGACAGAUCAAACUUUGAGCCACCAAACCAACAAGAAAACCAACAAGAAGAGGAAACUAGACAUUGUUAAACCAUUGGGAACUGGAAUUGGUUCUAUUUUGGAAAGUGGUCAAGUUGAAGAUGAUCCAGAGGAACAAAUUCCAAGAUCGUCACAUCGUAUUCCAACUUGUUCUGAAAAUGUUAACUCACUAGUUGUUGAAACUUAUGAAGAUAUCAUCUCAUUGAUUAUUGGUAAUGCUAGAAAAAAGAAGCUUGUUGAAAAAGUUGCUUUCAAAUUGGGGAUAUACGGUAAAGUGACUGAUAAAAAGUAUGAACCAUUAUUGAAAAAAUACUAUAAAGAUUAUGAUUUAGGAAGAAUUUUGCGUAAAGUUUUAUUGGAUGCAGAAUUGGUUACAUUAAUUACACCACAUGUGACUAAAUGGUGUGCAGAGACUCAAACUGCGGUUUAUGAACCAUUGUUGAAAGCUGCAGAAGAAGUUUUUUAUCAUUUAAGAAAAAAUAAUGAUCUGAUUUAUGAUUUAAUACCGGAAAAUUAUGAACGUGAUGUAUUACUAGCUGUUAUUCCAAUGUUGAUGACUCAUGAUCCAUUAACAGAGCCUGAUUCCCAAGUAUUUGCCAUUGAACUUGCCAAUUGUACAUGUUAUUUCCCAUAUUAUUAUGUUUUGACCAUCAUGCUUAAAUUUCUUGAAUAUGAAAUUACAAAGCCAAUCAAUAAUCGUUUGAAAAGGAUCUCACAUGAUGAUCAACGCAGGUUGGUACAAAUCACAAUCAUGAAUUGCGUGUCUGAAUUCUUCCAUCAUCGUGAAGAUCAAGAACAAGUUAAUGAAAAUUUCUUCCAACAAUUAUUUAAACUAUGUGAAACGAUGCCUAGUCAUGUUAUCGCAGCUUUGAAAUUAUUAUACGCUUUCAACAACAACGAUACCUCAUAUCGUCAUUGGGAUACAUCUCGUGAACAUUGGAGAUUAUUGAGACAUUGUGGGUUUAAAUUAAGAGAACCUACAAUGACGAAUUUUAAAAAAUAUACAACCACAAUUGGAUUACAAGUUCCAUCAGAAGUUUUCAGAAACCCUGCAAAGUUUUAUGGUGUGCCAUUCUUCAUCGUUUCUGGAUAUCGAGCAUCACAUCACGACUUGAAACCCUGA